AUGUUGGGCGCCGUUGAUGCGAUUAAAAGACCUUUGAAGAUACCUCCUCGAUUUGUUCCGUAUUUAGAGAAGCACCGAAUUUAUGAACUAUUUCACGAACUUGCCACUCAGGUGGUUAUAAAAAAACCGAAAGACCAUUUGCUGUUCUUUAAGCAAAGCAUUCAUCACGCUGCGCGGAGUAGAGAUGUUGCUCGAAUUAUAAUUCUCGCCCCUCCUUAUUUUGACAAGAUGCGAUUGGGAGAAGUCCUGCAGGAAGAGACAGGAGCAAGACUUAUAACUUUAAAGAAUAUACACGCCGUAGAAUCUGGAUGUAUACAAUGCAGUGAUUUCGAGGAUGUAGCAAGAAAUAUGAGGAAAAUUAUGAGAACCGGAAUGCUUAACAAUGGCUGGGUACUCGUCGACGUUCCAAGGACUAAAGCAGAAGCGCGGGCAUUUCAGAGAAUUGGAAUAUUACCAACGCACGUUAUCGAAAUUAAACCAGACCAGGUACCAGAAUGUACUUGCAGUACGAACGUGAUGGAAUCUUUUUAUGAACCUGAUCGCGGAUACAAAAGCUUCAAAAAUUCAGAAUAUCGGUCUUACAAGAAACAAAUACGAGGACUUCGAGAAGCCUAUUCCAAUUUCUUAACAGAAGUUGAAGUUGGAAGUAGAACGAUCGAAGAUCUAGGAAAAGACUGUGCUACUUUGACAAAAACUAAAAAACAUUGCGGAGCACCGAGUCUCUUUCGAGUAGUUCUCCUUGGAGCUCGCGGUUCAGGAAGCAGCACAACCGCCAAGUAUUUGUCUCGAAGAUUUAACCUUGUCCAUGUGAAUUUCAAUGACAUUUUGGAGCAAGCGCGUUUACAAGAAACGAAAUUGGGCGAGGCUAUCAGACUAUUUGAACACAGAUGGGGUUCUCGACCAAAGCCUGAGACAAGAAUACAAAUAGUUGAAAAACAAGUGCUUGGACACGAGUGCAUAAAAAGGGGCUGGGUCUUGACUGGAUAUCCAAUAUGCGUGGAAGAUUUUAAACUUUUAGAUCAACUGUCCACGCCUCCAAAUCGAGUAAUCUUCAUCGACGUCGACAGCAUUGUUUGCCGUGACAGACUUCUAGGACGCCGAUAUAACAUGAAAACUGGGAGUAAACACCAUCUUUCUACAAUACAAAAUUUUAAGGGAAAUCAGCAUGAAUUGGGGGUACAUCCAAAAGACUACAUAUCUGUAGUUGAACAAGAUUUCGAAGAAUUUGAAAACAAUGUAGUCGCGAUGAAAGCGUAUGCCGGAAGUUCAGCGAUCACAAUUGAUGGAAGCGUAGAAAAGAGAACAGUACAGGAAAAGGUUGAAGCUUGUUUAAUGAGACCAGCACCUUGUGCACCACCAAGAGUUCCACGACCACCACCUGAAGUGAAUCCAGAGGAUAUAGAAUUUGAUCCUGACGAUGCACCCGAUCCUCGAGUCUUUGACGAAAUUAGAGCACCCGAAUCAACAAUAUCUCUGAUUUGA